AUAAGAAGACAUCCGUUCCAAUACAAAGACACGAUGUGGCCAAAGAUAACGUUCCUUUUGACAUAACGAGCAGAAUGUUAGUCACGGUAUUGUUUCUCCUUGGCGCCGUUUCCAUUGAUGGCUCUCCGACCACCAUACCCACACAUAGUGUAAGAUGUUUGGUGAAUGGCACCUACUAUAAUUCAGGAGAAAGUUUCCAGAAAGAUCCAUGCUCCCCUUGUUUCUGCGGAGACAAUGGCUUACCCAUAUGUGCUAUUACAGAUUGUUUCUUUACUCAAUGUGUUAACCCUGUCCGCGACCCGACAAAGUGCUGUCCAACGUGCCCGGACGGACCUAACUGCCUUGUUGGAAACGUGACAAUAUCCGCUGGAAAAGACCAUAUUAUUGACAACCAAGUAUGCCGCUGCGAACACGGUUUUAGCGGGGCCGGUAGGGCAAUCUGUCGUCCUAACGGAUGUACUCAUCAAGGGAAACAGUACCCGGAUGGACCUUUCAAGCCUUCCGCUUGUGAACACUGUCAAUGUGACGCAGCUUCCGGUCGUGUGAGCUGCGCAAUUGCAGAUUGCUUUUUUUCACCCUGCGUCGAUGCCAUUCACAAACCAGACGUUUGCUGUCCUGUCUGUCCGAAUGGUCCUAACUGUUACGUUGGAAACAUAAAGAUCCCGGCCGGUAAGGAUUAUAAUGACGGUCAUCAGGUCUGUCGAUGUCCGGACGGUUUCCACUUCGGAUCAAGUGGUCAACAAGCUAUAUGUCGUGUCAACCUCCCCACGACUGUUCCAGUCACCAUGCCGUAGGACAUGUAUAACGAGUAGUUCUAAUAAAAUGAAAUAGCGUACAUA